AUGUAUCGCGGUAAACUCACGCGCCCGGACGCCGUCGCCGACAGCAAGUACCACCACCCGCCCGUCAAGCCCUCCUCCUCCUCUCUCGCCUCCGCCGGCGCCGAGACCGACACCCGCGCCGUCACCCGCACCCUCCUCCUACCCUUCGACUCCGUCCCCGCGUGGUACGCCGAGAACCCGUACAUCCGCACCGGCUACCGGCCCGUCUUCGCCGCCGCGGGCCCCUGCUUCCGCAGCUGGGCCUACCUGCACAACCAGAGCGGCAACAUCUACACGCACCUGGUCCCCGGCGUCGCCGCCGUCCUCGGCAACGCCGCGCUCCACCACUACCUGUCCGCGCGCUACCCGGGCGCCUCCCCCGUGGACCGCGCCGUCCUGCACGUCUACCUGACCGCGUGCGCGGCCUGCUUCGGGUUGUCCGCGGCGUACCACACGCUGCUGUGCCACUCGCGCGAGCUGGCGGACCUUUGGAUCCGGAUCGACUACGUGGGCAUCUCGCUGCUCAUCAUGGCGUCGUUCGUGCCGGGGCUGUACAUGGGUUUCUACUGCGAGCCGGGGCUGCUGUGCGGCUAUCUCGGCGCUAUAUUCAUCAUGAGCGCAUACAACUCCUAUCUUUCGCUGUACGGCAAGAAUGAGUCCAAGGACUGGCUGGCCUCGCGGCUGCUGCCGUUCCUCGCCCUCAGCCUGUCGGCUUUCAUUCCCAUCUUUCACGCCGUACUUCUCUUCCCGUAUGAUCAACUGCAAAAGCAGUCUGGGCUCAACUAUUAUUACCUCGAAGCCGUUUUCAUGCUCACCGGCGUUGCUUUUCUGGUUACACGGUUUCCCGAGUGCUGGCUACCGGGAAGGUUCGACAUUUGGGGGUGCUCCCACCAAAUCUUUCACUGUUUUGUUGUUCUUGGCUCGGUGAGCCAUUUCGUUGGUAUUCUGUCGGGCUACGAUUACAACUAUACUCAUCCACGGUGCGGAAUCAGGCAUGUAGCAACCGAGCUGUGA